AUGGCCGCCCAACUGCCGAAUGUGUCCCAGGACCUCGUGUGGGAGCUCACCCGCGCCCACAACUCCUUCAUCGUGAAGCGCAAGGGUCUCGGCAACAGCGUGAUCUUCUCCCGCGAUCCCUACAACCUGACCAACAUUCACUCCAAGAAGCACGCCGGCUACGCCCACGACAAGUCCAUCAGCAUCCAGGCUGGUGAGAACGGCGCCGUCCAGGUCGUCAGCAAGAACGAGAAGAAGGCCCAGAAGCCCGCCGAGGCUCGCAACGUGACCAGCUUCAGCCAGCAGACCCCCGCCAGGAAGACCUACAAGGCUGUUGCCAACCUCGCCGCCAAGCGCAGCUACCGCAGCGACCUCCGCCAGCCCGCCGUCGAGCGUGUCAGCGCUCUCCGCUACGCCCAGAAGGCCGUCAAGGCCGACCCCGAGCAGAAGCUCCGCGGCAAGAAGGCCAAGAAGGCCGCCGCCGCCGACGAGGCAUAA